AAGUCAGGCAAGUUAUACAGGAGCGCGCGCGCUCAGAAUAUCAGUGAAAAAUCAGCCGGUGGAAGUGAAGACUGUGGGUCCUGGGCUUUAUUAAACACUUUUACUGACCGAGGCUUCACAACUGGAUCAUAUAUGAGCUAGACUGCAGAUUCACAGAGUUAGCUCAUAUUCCUAAAGGGGCUUCAUGGUGUUCACUAUGGAGGGAACCACCAUAAAGAGCAGAAUCAGAAGUUUGCUUCGUUCACCUUCUAUCAAACUCAAGAAGAACAGACCCAGAGCCAACAAGGAGAGCCUGAGUAACAAGGUCACUCUAGAGAGGGUACUUGGUAUCACAACUUCAGGAAGCAGUGGAUUGACCUGUGAUCCUUACUCAGGGACAGUUGCCUACCCAGCUGGGUGUGUGGUAGUGCUACUGAACCCAAAGAAGAACAGACAGCAGCAUAUAAUCAACACAUCCAGGAAAACAAUAACCACUUUAGCAUUUUCUUCAGAUGGCAAAUAUCUUGUUACAGGAGAGAGUGGUCACCUGCCUGCCGUGCGAGUGUGGGACGCGGCUGAAGGGUCUCAGGUUGUGGAACUGCAGGAGCACAAGUACGGAGUGGCCUGUGUGGCAUUCUCCCCCAACAGCAAAUACAUCGUCAGUGUGGGCUACCAGCACGACAUGAGUGUAAAUGUGUGGGCCUGGAAGAAAAACACGUUGGUGGCUACUAACAAGGUGUCCAGUAAAGUGACAGCGGUGUCAUUUUCUGAAGACAGCUCUUACUUUGUAACUGCUGGGAACAGACAUGUCAGGUUCUGGUAUUUGGAACCCUGUAACUCCAACAAGCAGCCUACAGCCCCUGUUCCUCUGCUUGGCCGCUCUGGCCUCUUGGGGGAACUACAGAAUAACUUCUUCUGUGAUGUAGCUUGUGGCCAUGGCAAGAAGUCUGAGAGCACCUUCUGCAUCACUUCCUCCGGGCUGCUCUGUGAGUUUAAUGCAAAGAGGAUGCUGGAUAAGUGGGUAGACUUACGGACGAGUAGAGCGUGUUCCCUGUCUGUGACUGAGGGGUUGAUUUUCUGUGCCUGUGCUGACGGGACAGUGAGAGUCUUCAGCCCAUUUGACCUCAACUUCAUCUGCACCCUGCCACGCCCGCAUCACCUGGGCACAGAUGUGGCUGCAGUCACUCAGGCCAGUCACGUGUUCUCCAGCAAGCCAGACAGCCGCUACCCAGAUCCAGUGGCAUUGACGUAUGACCCUGUUAACCUGUGGCUGUCGUGUGUGUACAAUGACCACAGCCUGUAUGUGUGGAAUGUGCGAGACCUGCAGAGAGCGGGAAGAGUGCACUCUGCUCUCUACCACUCUGACUGUGUGUGGGAUCUGCAGAUCUACCCGAAAUCUCAAGAUCGACAACCAACUGAGCAUACUCCUGCAGGAGCGUUCUUCAGCUGCUCUGCAGACAACACAGUUCGCAUGUGGAGCACAGAGGCACACAGCAUCCCAACCAGUGCAAAUGCCCUCAGCAGUGAUCUGUUGAAGGUCAUUUACAUUGACAACAAUACUGAAACUUCGCUGGAGACAGAAGGAAGUGUGAGUAAUGGCACAGAGAAACCUGAAGGUCUUGCUUCAGAGAGCCGGACAGGCAUCAGAUCCAUCUGUGUGAGUCCAGAUGGGAAACACUUGGCCUCUGGAGACCGGGCUGGCACGUUGAGGGUUCAUGAUCUCAGCAACAUGGAGGAGAUUCUAAAAGUUGAAGCCCAUGACUCGGAGAUCCUCUGUCUUGAGUACUCAAAACCUGAGACAGGAAUUCAGCUAUUUGCGACAGCGGGUCGAGAUAGGCUGAUUCAUGUGUUGGAUGUUGAGGAAGAUUACAAGCUGUUGCAGACACUUGAUGAGCAUUCCUCCUCCAUCACAGCCGUCCGGUUUACUGCCAAUGAGGGCAAAGUGAGGAUGAUCAGCUGUGGAGCUGAUAAGAGUUUAUACUUCCGCACAGCCCACCGAGCUUUUAGAGGAGUAAAAUUUAAACGAACGCACCACGUGGUAAGGAAAAGCACUCUUUAUGAUAUGGACGUGGAUCCCACCUGUAAAUAUGCGGCUGUAGCCUGUCAAGAUCGAAGCAUUAGAUUGUUCAAUAUAAGCAGUGGAAAGCAGAAGAAGUCCUUUAAGGGCUCUCAGGCUGAAGAUGGUGGUCUUCUCAAGGUUCAGGUGGACCCAUCGGGUUUGUAUGUGGCCACCAGUUGCUCGGAUAAGAACAUCAGCCUGUUGGACUUCAGCACUGGAGAGUGUCUGGCUACAAUGUUCGGUCACUCAGAAAUCAUCACCAGUAUUAAGUUCACCAGUGACUGCAGGCAUUUGAUCUCAGUCUCAGGAGACAGUUGUAUCUUCAUAUGGCGUCUCGCACCUGAGCUGACCAUUAACAUGAGGCACCGUCUGGAACAACUCAAACACUGUCAGAGCAGCCCAGCCUCCACAAACUCUGUGUUCAGAAGUGCUUCUACAGGCAGUCUGGAGCUGCACAGCGCCCUGUCUAUAACAACCUGCUCCUCAGACAGCGAAGAAGAUGAGGAAGAGGAAUUCUAUGAUGAGAGAUUUGAGGAGACCCACACUCAAGAUCAUGAACCCCAUCAUUUAUCAACAGAAGAUGAUCAGGGAGCUUCUGAUGAAGGGAAUGACUGGGAUCCCUCCAUCAAGGAGUCCUCUGCAGGAUCUGGUGCAUCUGAGACUUCUGGGCUUGAGGCUCCACGACCACGGAGGCGCUGGUCCUGCCGGGUGGGCUCCCAGGAGCUGAUGGUGAGGUCUAUGCUGGAGCUUCGGGAGCCUGAAUCCUUUUCUGGUCCCGGCUCCCCCAAAACUGGCUAUGCAGGUCAGCUCUGCCACCAGGAGACCAGUGGCAGCACAGCGAGUCUGCAGGAGGAUACACAGCGGAGUAAGAAGCGGCGCGCUCGUCCUCAUUCUGCCUGGCUGGCUCCGGCCUCGUCUCCUGAACCUGAGGGUGUAGUGCUAUACCCUGAGAUGUGGCCCAGCACGGACAGCCUGCCUGGAGCCUACAAGGUACAGGGGAAGGAGACCCAGCACCGAGACAGCCACAUCCCAGACAGCGGCAGCUCCACGGGCUAUGGCAGUGGGGGAUCCAGCCCGGAGCAGGGCCGUGGAGAAGACCCAGAACCUGUCAGCACUGAUGAGGAGCAAUCCAACCAUGAGGAAGAUGUCCGAGGUUGGCUUCACAAGCCAGAGAGCCCAAAACAAGAGAGCUUUCUCAAAGAGCACUUUGAGACGCUUGCUGAGACGGAGAACAUGGCAGGUAAGCACCCAGGACACCGAGGCAGCAUUUCAGCACGCUUUCUUGCCCAAAGCUCCUCUACCAGAAAGCCCAUCCCGUUCCUCUCCAAGACCAGCCGGAUGUCCAGUGGUCCCAGUGCUGAAGUUGAGCCCCUUAUAUCUGCAGUACGCCCCCUGCAUGAGGAGAAGAGUCAGAGCACAGGUUUCGAGAAGAAGGCACAGAGUAAUCCUCCACAGCUGUGCACAAAGCUAAAGAGGAAGAAAGCUUUUGCGGCACAUCCCAGCAGAGUGGCCAGUCCAGUGGGCAAGCAAUCAGCACUGCUUCUCAAAUCAAUGUCCGCACAAAAUCUUACAGGAGACAAUCGGAGGUCUGUAACCCCGUCCCGCUUGAAGCGAGAGUCUCUGCCACCGUUGCCUCAGCUCAUCAUGUCCAAAAGUGAUUCCAGCAGACAUCUCUACCACCCAUCCUCAGGCUCCACCUCUCCUCAGCCCUGGGAAAGUCCUACCACCAGCCGUCACGCCAAAGCGUGCUCCUACAUGAGCCCCACAACCAGUUCCAUAGCCAAGGUCAGCCGUGCUGCAUCUAUCGGAGAUGGCCUUCACCUGGGCUUUGCUAGUGGUGAGGCCUCGUCAUGCUCAGGACCUGCAGCCUCACCUACCAGUCCAUCUCAUGCUGCUGCACCUCUUCUGCCAUCUCCUUCCACGCCCCUGCCUGGUCCCUGCGAAUCCAGAUUGAGCAAUAGUGGGUCUCAGACUCCGCCUCCUAAAAGCACUAAGGGCCGGGUCUUUGGCAGGUCAAGUAACUCAGUCUCAGAACAUUCCAGCAGAUUGUCUCCUACAGACAGUACUGAAGCUGCUGCUGCUGCUGCUUUGAAAGACUGCUAUGCAAGAACUGCAGAACAUCAGAUGGAAGCUGCUAAAAGCGUGUCCCCUCACCCUGCCUCUCAGCCCGUAUCUGUAAAAUCCAGUCUACAUCCUGAGGGAGUUUCUCAAUCCCAACAGCAUGAGCGCCCCCUGAUGGCAGUCCAAGCUUUCAGUGUGACGUCCGAGAGCCAGUCUGAUCAAGGUUUGCACCGCCGACGCUCUUCCUCCAUCAUCCUGGCCUCUGUGCCCUUUCAUCUUCCUUUCCAUCAGUGUUCAGCCACUCUUUGGCCUCGCUGCUUCGCUUCUCCUCAUUCUGUCCACUCAUGUAUGAACCAUUACCCUCUGAGAGCAGAGCCUGUAGCAAAUCUGGAGACCUGCAGACAGGCUGCAGCUGAGCUGUGCGAAAACAUGAAGAAGGCUAGCCAGCUCUACAGAACGGUGAGCUUCUGCGGUGGGGCUGUGUGUGCAGAGCGUCAGGAGAUGGAGCGUGUGCUGGCGGAGGCUAUGCUGGUGGUGAGAUCUGAGCUGGAAGCCAUUUCCAGGCCUGCGCCGGUGGUGGGAGUGGCUGAGGGAGGUGAGCGGGUCUUAUCCCUGCUGGAGCAGUACUCUCAGCUUUUACUGCAGUCUCUGGAGAAGAGACUCGACCACAAGAUCUAACCUUACACCUACAGGACAACAACUAUUAUUCUACACUGUGCUCUACACAGUCUAGAUGUGCAGAUUUUAUAAUAAUGUUUAUUUUUGCAGUUUAAAGUAUUUUUUUUUUUUUUUUUGUACUUUCUUAAAUAUUUUAGGCAUCCAAAGGAAGAAAGACUUAACAAAUGUUCUCUUGUUCACACAACCCCACCCCCCCACCAUCACUGAAUGUUACACAGUGUUUUCUAGUGUUUCGUCAUUGUAGAAUGGCCACGUCCAGCAGUGUUUGUGUUUUGGUUGUUGUCCAUAAGUUUGCAGUUGUAUGUGUUUUCAGAUAUAAGCUAUGUAAGAUAUAGAUGUUUUUAUUUAACAGCAUUUUAUAGUGUCUUAACUUAAUUUAUGAUUGAAUUGAAUGUCCUUUAAUAUUAAUGAGAGCGUGAGUUUGUGUCUGUUGACGAUAUGCUUGUUUACUGCAGGUUCAACUGCUGAUCACAUUGUUUAUUAAUAAAGAGAGAAAGAUUGAAAACAUUCAGUUUUAAUAAAAUUAUUUUCAACUUCA